UGGAUGCCAUAAAAAAGUAAUAGGCUUAUAAAAAUGAACUAGUCGUUACUAGCGAUUCGAUUAAUUAUUUGUGAAAAUAUAUUGUAAGUUAUAUUAAAUUACAGGUAUUGCAAUACAUGAAAGAAUAAAUCAGUCUCAGACAGUAAUGGUUGUUUGCCAACAAUGGCAAAGAGAAGAAAGCCAGCAACUAAAGCUCCGUCUCGUCGAUCCACUCGGCGCGGGAAACAGGCAGAGGGAACAAACACAACUGAUGGCGAGACAUCGACUUCGACUGAACCUAUCCCUGAAACAUCUACAGAGGAUAAACAACCACCUGAUACACAUAAUGUUCCAGAGUCAACUUCGGGGCCGAAAAUAACCUCUCCCUCAAAUUUACAGUCCUUAAAAUCAAUUUCAGGCAACACAAUACCAAUUGUGGCUCUUCAUAAGAAGUUUGGUAAAUAUAGAUGUUUGUUUAAUAAUGAUGAUCGGUUCAGUAAAAAAUACGAGAUUGGUAGUGAUAGUGAAACUAAUAGUAGUGUGGAAAUCAGAGUUGUAGAUCCAUGUGCAAGUUCUGAAUCUGAUGCUGCAUUGGAUACUCAAUCCGACACUAACAGCGGGGCUUGUGCUAGCCCUCUUAAUUUACCUGUUAAUUCUUUGCAAGGAAAUUCAAGAGAAAUGUCACCACCUCCUGUGAGUAUACACAAAACACAAAGUGAAAAUGUCUUGUUAAUCGAUGACAACACGGAAUGUGGAGACAAAACAAAUUUCAGUAUGGACAGCAUGAAACCAUUGGAACUAAAUGAGAAUGAUACAAAUAAAGAUGUGCAUAAUGAAGACAAUCAGUCUUUUUUGAAAGAUUUAGAUAUUAGUGAGCAAAUAAAUCAAGAAAACCAUGAAGUGACAUUGGAAGAACAGUUAGAAUAUGGUGAUGAUGAUGAAGUUAUCACAAUUGUACAAAUCGUAGAGGAUGACAAUCAAGAACUUUAUUAUAAUAUUAAUAUUGAAAGUCCUAAUCAAAUACAACAACAAGAAGAGGUAAUUACGACAGAUGAACAGAACAAAGAGGUUGACUUUCAAAAAAAUUUUGCUAAACUUAAUCUUGUUCAAAAGGAAUCCAACCCUAAUUCUCCAAUGGAUUGUUGUGAAAUUAUUGAUAUACGGACCCCACCUUGUAGCACUCCAGAUAUACAAGCCCCUAAUGAUACACUGACAAGACCCGAUCCUAGCUUAACACCUAGCUCCACACUUUCUGAUGACAGCAACUCUUCGAGAGUCAUGGAACAGAAUACAAAUUUUUCUAAUGAUUCCUCAGAGUCAUCACCAACUGGUGUUCGUAGAUCAAGUCGCAUUAAAACUAUAAGUAACUUGAAACAGAAGACAAAAGGAUAUGGUUUAGUCAAAACUCCUCUGAAAAAAGCUUUAAUUACUCAGACAAAGUUGAAGUUGGAAGAGAUGGGAUCAGACAGUCAAGAGAGGUCAUCUGAUGGCCUCCAAAGUAAUACUCUUAAUUCCCUGACAUUCCCCAUACCAUCUGAAAUGCCAGUAAAAGUAAAAUCUCGAUGGCGUAGGUCUAGUGAAUUAGAAAUGGGAGCAAAUUCACCAGCCAACUCACCUUUGGCCAGUCCUGGCUUACCUCAAAAGUUGCCACCGUUAGAGGAAACUCUAAAGGAGUUGGAAGAAGAGAAACCUUCCAGUCCAUUGUCAAAAGAGGCUUAUGAUAGGAUAAUUGAAGAGAGAAUGAAUCAGUACCAACACUUAGAUGAAAAUGAAUACUUGUGUGAGCGUAUGAUUAGUAAAGAGACUAAGAAGAUGAUCUGUGAUUGCUUCAUGACAAAAGAUGAACUUGAAAGAGGAGAGCUUGCAUGUGGUGAAGAUUGCUUAAACAGACUUUUGAUGAUUGAAUGCAACUCGAGAUGUCCAGUGGGCGAUCGAUGCACAAACAGAAGGUUCCAGAAAAAAGAAAAUGGUUCUUUAAGAGUAUUUUAUGCUGACAAAAAAGGCUGUGGAGUGGAGGCUAGUUCAGAUAUUACAGCAGGCGAAUUUUUAAUGGAGUAUGUUGGCGAAGUUCUCGAUUAUGAGCAGUUUUAUAAACGUGCACAAACUUAUUCUGAAGAGAACAAUCUACAUCACUAUUUUAUGUCGUUGAAAGGCGACACGGUUAUCGACGCUACACUAAAGGGCAACAUAUCGAGAUUCAUAAAUCAUUCCUGUGAGCCAAAUGCUGAAACACAGAAGUGGACAGUCAACGGCGAAUUAAGAAUAGGUUUCUUCAGUAAAAGAGACAUUCCGGCGGGAGAAGAAAUUACCUUUGACUAUCAGUUCCAGCGCUUUGGCAAGGUAGCUCAGCGCUGCUACUGUGGAGCAGACAACUGCCGCGGCUGGAUAGGAGCCGAGCCCGACUCCGACGACGACUACGACGAGGAGGACGAGGAAGAUGUUUCCACUUCGAAGUCGGGAACAACGGAGUCGUCGGAGGACGCGCAAAUGUCGGACGCCAGUGCGCAACCCGCCAGGCCGCGCGUUCGCAAGCCUAAGCGAGACAGAAAGUAUAAGCCGAAGGCAUCAGACCUCAUACAGGACGCCGACAUCGAGGAGGACCUGGAGGCGCUCGGGCGCACGGGAGUGAAGAACCAGGCGCACACGCUACGUCUGUCGCGGACCGUGGUGCGCGCCAAGACGCGGCGCGCACAGGCCGCGCUGCUGCGCCUGCUGCGCGACGCGCACCUGCCGUGCCGCCGCCUGUUCCUGGACUACCGCGGCCUGCGCCUGCUGGCGCCCUGGUGUGCCGACGCACCGCUGCCCUUCCGACUUGAAAUGCUUCUAACUGUGGAUCGACUACCCAUCCCUAAUAAAACAAUGGUACAAGAGAGCCGAUUCUUUACAAUAGUGGAACGAUGGCUCAGUUCCACAGACGUCCCUGCAACAGAUAUAUCUGCACCAGAUCCUGUGUUCAUUGAUGAGGCUACUGGUUUGCCUAUAGAACUUCUAAAUCGGACAUCACAAGAUGAAGCUGCUACCAUAGAAAAGACUAAGGAAAAUGCUGCUAUCUUAGAAAAAGUCAAGGAUCUAUGUAAUCAGCUCAUUGAGAGAUGGUCAAGUUUGAAGGAAGUAUUUAAGAUCCCAAAGAAAGAACGUAUACAACAAAUGAAAGAACACGAAAGGCAGGCGAAUGUUGAGAGAAGGGCAGCAGACUCUAGCGGUACGAGAGAUCGUGAUCGUGAGCGGGAACGCGACCGUAGGGAUGAGCGAGAUCGUGACCGGAGGGAGGAACGUGAUCAUCGCGAACGGGAAAGAGAACGUGAGAGGGAGAGAGAAAGGGAACGGGAGCGAGAUAGAUACAGGGAGAGGGAGCGCGAUCGAGAGAGAGAUAGAGACAGAGACGACCGAGACAGGCGAAAAAGGAGAACUAGUCCAGAAGGAAGACGAAGUAUACGACUGAGCGAGCGUGUGCUGGCCGCCGUGCCGCCCAUGAGCAAGGAGGAGCGCCGGAGAGCCUUCGCGGAGGCGGCGGCCGCGGCUGACGAGAACCGCCGCCAGCGGGACCAGCGCGAGCAGCCCGCCUGGCCGCGCCCGCACUACCCCGCCUGGCCGCAGGACGCCUUCGCGCAGAUGUUUCCACAAGGCAUGAUGGGUGGUACGCCUAAUAUGAUGGGCGGACAGAACAUUAUGGGUGGAGCUCCAAACAUGAUGGGUGGGCCUCCAAACAUGAUGGGUGCUGGCAACAUGGUUCCCAUGGUACCACCUGGCGUGCCAGGCAUGAUGCCGGGCGUCUUACCCCCCGACAUGCCUCCCGACUGGGUUGGACCUAACGGAGAAUUUCAAGGACCACCAGGGUUCUGUCAGCCAUUUCCUGGGCCGCAGUUUUGUAUGCCACAGCCAAACAUGAUGGGCAUGAGUGGGUUCGGUAUGGGCGGAUUCAUGUUCGGCCAGCAGAUGCCGCCGCCCUUCCCCGCGCCGCAGCAACCCCCCCAGCCCGCUCUGCCGGUCGCACACGCGUUGGAGGCGGGCGUGGCGGAGCUGGGCGAGCCCGUGCUGCCGUCCAUGUGGCGCAGCGCGCUGGACGGGCGCGGCCGCCGCUACUACUACCACGUCAAGCUGCGCCAGCCGCAGUGGACGCCGCCGCCGCCGCCCGAGCAGGAUGAGAGCUCCUCCGAAGAAGAGGCUGAACCAAUGACUGCACUCGAGUCUGCGGUGAUAGGGCGACCUGUUAAAGGCAAACUUGUUGAAGGCGUUAACGGAAUCUAUGAAGUAAUAAAGGAAGAUUCUCACAAUGGGUUGAUCCCAGAUCACGCUCUGCUCAACAUGAAGCCUAGGAAACGAAGACCGGGCCUCGUGUCAGAAAGACCUAUCAGUCCUCGGACGGAAGAGGACAAGCUGGCGGGACGCAUGGAGGUGAAGCGCUACAAGCAGACGAAGGAGAAGCUGCGGCGACGACGCGAGCGCCUGCUGCACAAGGUGCGCCUGCUGGCCGCCGCCAAGCGACGCGGGAACAUCUCGCACAAGGACCUGAAGUUCGUCGAACUAGAUGAAACGGACAGCGAAUCUGAAGGAGACUCCGACGACGGCGUGCUGGACAAGAUCGCCAUCAGCUCCCCGCCCGCGGAGCCGUCGCCCCCCGCGCGCUCGCCCCCCGCGCCCUCGCCGCCGCCGCUCGACCCCGAGGAGAACGCGCGCCGCAUCAAGGAGCAGUUCCGCAGCAGCAUGGCGCGCGUCAUGGUGCAGCACCUCAACCCCUACCGCCACUCCGACGCGCCCGCCGGCCGCAUCACGUGCACCGCCGACUUCAAGCAUCUCGCCAGGAAGUUAACCCACUUCGUAAUGCUAAAGGAGUUAAAGCACUGUCGCUCUGUCGAAGAGCUGAUAGUGACGGACUCUGUGCGUUCCAAAGCCAAGAUGUUCGUCAGAAAGUACAUGGCGAAGUUCGGGCCGAUUUACAAGAGACCACCUGAAGAGAUUGAAUAGCGGCAGGUUUGUCAGCUGAAAGCUGCCAUAAGAAACUUGUUAUAGCUACAAGCCCAAACACUUCGUGUGAAGUGAUACUAAGUGUUAAGUGGAGUUUUUAUAAAAAAGUUGUGAAUUGUAAAUGUUGGUGAAUAUUGCAAGAAUUUUGAACAUAAAUGUAUCAGUCCAUUUAAGUUCAACUUGGACAAGUUUUCCUCUCCUACUACUAGUGAAGAUAUACUUUAAGAAAGCAGUAAGUGGCAUUACUUGUAGACUAUCAGAGUUGUGUUCAGAAUCUGAAUAUGGUAUGUGAACAUUAAAACUGCUAUUAGAUAUUUUGACAAUGAACAAGAAUUGAUAAAUAAUAAUCAGGUACAUGUUUACUAGAACAAUUUUAUGUGUAUUAUGAAUAUAUUCGUUUCUUUUUUUACUGAUAACUGUACAAAGCUAAAACAGUGUGAAAGAUUUGAUGAAAGGCUUAUUGGUUUUUUUUUUAAACAAAGUCUUGCAUUUGGCCAAGUUUUGUAUUCCACAAAAUUUUUUUUAAUACAUGGUUUAUCCAUGUUCAUUGAUUAAUAUGUAUAAAAUAAUUGUAAUAAAAUCUAUAUCUUGUAUGAUAAAUUAAAUCGGUCAAUUUUAGAUUCUGAUUAAAUAAAUUAAGAGAAUGCAUUAAAGAUUGCUUGAUUCUAUGAUUUAAACUAGUUAAGUAGAUUUAAGCUCUAUGGACUUGUAAAUAUAGAUAUAUAAGUUUCUUGGAUAUCUUUUAAGCAACUCCUCAUUUAGUUAUAAUAUUAUAUUAUAAUACAUAAGUCAUUAAGAGAAGGAGAUAAUGCAAAUGAGCUAUUUGUUCGUGAUCUCUGAGUAGGAUUGAAUGAUUGAUUUUGUCAAAUCAAAUAUAGACUCGAAUAGGACUUGGAAGUACAGUAUUACUGUUAGUUAAUUAAAUAUGUACUAUCACUGAAAUUAUAGAGCGCAAUUGUUUGAGUAUACAUGUGUUGUAUUUUAAAAUUAAUCCUAAAUAUUUUUCUUAUUUAAAUCCUCAUAACGGGUUUUCAAUGUAUUGAUUGGCGACACCGAAUGGUUUCCAACGCAGGAAAGAGAAAAUUAUUGCAAUAGAAUCAUGAAUUGUUUUUAUAUUAUUUAAAUAUGAUUUUAAUGUUUUGAAAUUGGUUAAGGAAAAAAAUCAUCACCAUUUUCUUUUAUAUUAGACAACAGUUAUUUUAAUGUCGAUAAAUGUAUAUUUUGUAAAUACAAGUCUAAUGUUGUCAGAUUGUUUUGAUAAAGAGACUACUUUAUGUAAAAGCUGUGAGUAUGAGAUGAUACAAGAAUAAAAUCGGUCUCCCUAGAAUGAGUUUCACGCGCAAACCAAAAUACAUUCGUCAGCGAAAAAUUUAUAUGAAACAAUCCGCCCGGGACGCUUCAUACAUAAACUAGUUGUGCCUUACGAUUUCAACCUCGUUUGAUUUUCUAUGAUACUUAUUUAUGAAACAUGUAAGGUACAUACAUACUGUUGCUCCACUCCCUAAGGUUGUAUAGCCUACAUGCUUCCUUAAUAAACAGGUCAUCUAACACAUUAAAUAAGAAUGCUUACUGGGUGACUUUAUCAUUAAUGCGAUCAAACAAACAAACUCUUCAGUUUCAUAAUAUUUGUAUAUAUUUUUCGUUAACGUAAACGUAAACACGAUAGUUUGCGUUUAAACUUCUCCCUAGGGUCAUUGAUUUAAUAUAUAAGGUGUGGCAAAGAGAUCUAUGCCGU